UUCAGGUUCUGAUUUCGGAGAUCUCUAAGCAAUCGCAAGCAAAAUUCCCAAUAGACAAGCAGGCAAUGGCACGGUACCUAGCGCAGAUCAUAAUUUUGGGUGCCCAGGUGGUGGGGCGGGCGUUGGUGAAGACGCUGCGACAGGAGAUGCAAGCCUUCGAGGAUGCGGCGCGAAUGCAUGAGACCAUGAGCGCCAACUUGCCCAGCAGCAGCAAAGCGAAGGUCAAGGGCAUGACCCUGGUGGAGGCCCAGCAGAUCCUCAAUGUGAAGGACCUGAGUGACCAUCAGACCAUCGACUCGCAUUACCGGCAUUUGUUCCAGGCGAACGAGAAGUCCUCCGGCGGCACCUUCUACCUCCAGUCGAAGGUCUUUCGGGCCAAGGAGCGAAUCGACGACGAACUGGCCAGGCUGGAGCAGCUGGCCAAAACGAAGAUCGAUCCCCCUUCCCCGCCAGCAUCGCCAUCUAUAGACCAAUCCAAAGAGCCGGGUCAUCAGAGCCGGUGAUCAUUCCCGGCUGAAUUCCCGGCCUGGCUUUUCCGUGGCGUGCAAUCGAUCUGUCCUGUCAUGUUAACUACCAAAUCGUCUUUCAAGUACAUGUGUGCAUAUGUAAAUCGUCAAAUAAAUAACUUCAAACUCUGUAAU